CAGUGUCUUCAUCUGUAACAGUCUUCAGACACUGAGUCAGAACCAGACUGUCCCCGGUUCUCUUCUCGCCUAUCUGAAGAUGGAGGAGGUGCACAGCGCCCCCUGCCUUCACCUCCUGUUCCUGCUGCUCCUCUCCUGCUCCUCUUCAUCCUCCUGGGACCUGGUUCUGCUCCACACUAAUGACGUGCACGCGCGGGUGGAGGAGACCAGCAGACUGUCCGGUAAGUGCAGCAGCAGUGGUACCGGUUCUGGCUCUGGUUCUGGGUGUUUCGCCGGUGUCGCGCGCAGAGCCGCGAUGGUGCAGCAGAUCCGCAGCUCAGAGCAGAACGUGCUGCUUCUGGACGCUGGAGACCAGUUUCAGGGAACCGUGUGGUUCAACUACUACAGAGGAGCCGAGGCUGCGCACUACAUGAACCUGCUCAAGUAUGACGUCAUGGCUCUCGGGAACCACGAGUUUGAUAACGGUGUGGAAGGACUCAUGGCGCCGUUCAUGCAGGAAGUCAAGUUUCCCAUGAUCAGUGCGAACAUCAAACCCGACAAAACUCUGGCUGCGACGUUCGGGGUCUCAUAUCGUCCGUAUACGAUACUGCAGGUCGGCGAUCAGAGAGUGGGCGUGGUCGGGUACACGUCGCAGGAAACGCCCGCUCUGUCCAAACCUGGACUGCACCUGCGUUUCGAGGAGGAGGUGGCGGCGCUGCAGCCGCACGUGGACAAACUCCACACGCUGGGCGUGGACAAAGUCAUCGCUCUGGGUCACUCGGGCUUCACCAAAGAUCGGGAAAUCGCCAGGAGAGUGCGCGGAGUGGACGUGGUCGUGGGCGGACACACCAACACGUUCCUCUACUCAGGAAAACCUCCCUCCACUGAAGUUCCUGUUGGUCCUUAUCCCUUCAUGGUGAAGUCGGACGACGGGCGGCAGGUUCCUGUCGUUCAGGCCUACGCCUUCGGGAAAUAUCUGGGUUAUCUGAAAGUGACCUUUGAUGAAGCGGGAAACGUGGUGAGGUCUUCGGGAAACCCCAUCCUUCUGGACAGCAGCGUCCAGCAGGAUCCAGUCGUCCGUGCAGAUGUGGACGAGUGGAAGAAGAAUCUGGCCAAUUACUCGACGCGGGUGAUCGGACGAACUCUGGUUCUCCUCAACGGGGAAACGGAGCAGUGUCGCUUCCGUGAGUGUAACCUGGGAAACCUGAUCUGUGACGCCAUGCUCGACAACAGCAUCAGGUUCCCAGACGACGACAGGUGGAAUCACGUCAGCGCCUGCGUCUUUAACGGCGGCGGCGUCCGAGCGUCCAUCGACGAGCAGAGCAGGAACGGUUCCAUCACCAUGGAGGACCUGAUCUCCGUGUUACCGUUCGGAGGAACCUUUGACCUGGUGCAGCUGAGAGGCUCCACGCUCAGGAAAGUGUUUGAACACUCGGUGAAACGUUACGGUCAGAGCACCGGAGAGUUCCUGCAAGUGUCCGGGUUCCACGUGGAGUUUAAUGUCUCCAAACCCGCGUGGCAGCGCGUGCAGCGCCUCGACAUCCUCUGCACGUACUGUCGCGUUCCCCACUAUGAGCCGGUGCGGGACGAGGAGGUGUACGCGGUGGUGCUCCCGUCGUACAUGGUGAGCGGCGGCGACGGAUUCUCCAUGAUCGCAGACGAGAUGCUCGCACACAACAGUGGUGAUUUGGACAUUUCCGUCGUCUCCAACUACAUCACACAAAGACGGAAAGUUUAUCCUUCCGUCGAAGGAAGAAUUCAAGUCUUCAACUCGUCCUCUGGACUUCGGGCACAAAUGUCUCUGCUGGUGUUAGCGUUGCUGCUGUGGAGUCGUGUGGGCGGAGUCAUGUGAGACACUGGAUUUUGUCCAGAAAAAGACAAAACGUCGGGUACAGGAAGAAUGAAAUGAGCGGACUAGUCGUGUCGUUGCUCCGGUAACCAAACAUUUUCCCGACAGACGUUUUUAACGUCGGAACCCGAUACUUUGGUCUGCGAAGUAUUAGGACACGCCCAAGUGUUAUAGCGUUUGUCUAACGAUUACAGAUGUUCGCACUGAGCUCUAAUCGCACAAUUUUUUUAUAAACAGCAGAUUUUUUAAACUGUGAAGUUUUUUUUCACAAAAUUUUACUGAUCGUCAAACUUCAUCAUCAUCGCCGUCUCGCUAACGAUAACUUCGGCCUCCGUCUGUCACUUUUUUUAACCACGACGAAACCAUUUUAAACCAAAAUUUUUACUUAACAUUUUACGCUAACACUGAAUAUUUUUAAAUUUCUAACAGAUUCAUGUUCAAGUUUAAAUUAAACAAAUCACCACUUCA